UCUCAAUGUAACAUGGACAUUAACAGUGAUGACAGAUAAAUACAGACGCUUGGGAAUCAAAUACUAGGCGAAAAACACUUUUAAAAAGAAAGGAAUUUAGGAGGUUCUAGUAUUCUCCAUGGCUGAAGCUGAGAGUCUGAAACCCUGAUGCUUAAGCUCUAUUCUAGAUCAUAGCUCCAACUCCUUCAGGAUAUAAAGAAAAGAGAUAAUAUUUCCACAAUGAUAGAUCUUUGGUUGUACAGGUUUCCCAAUGAGUGGAUCAUGAUGACCGUAUUGUAGGGACUUGCCAUAGUAUGGCUGCUUCCCGAUCUACUCGUGUUACAAGAUCAACAGUGGGGUUAAACGGCUUGGAUGAAUCUUUUUGUGGUAGAACUUUAAGGAAUCGUAGCAUUGCUCACCCUGAAGAAAUCUCUUCUCAUUCUCAAGUACGAUCAAGAUCACCAAAGAAGAGACCAGAGCCUGUGCAGAUUCAGAAAGGAAAUAAUAAUGGAAGAACUACUGAUUUAAAACAGCAAAGUACUCGAGAAUCAUGGGUAAGCCCUAGGAAAAGAGGACUUUCUUCUUCAGAAAAAGAUACCAUAGAAAGGCAGGCGGUAGAAAAUUGUGAGAGAAGGCAAACAGAACCUGUUUCACCAGUUUUAAAAAGAAUUAAGCGUUGUCUUAGAUCUGAAGCACCAAACAGUUCAGAAGAAGAUUCGCCUAUAAAAUCAGACAAGGAGUCAGUAGAACAGAGGAAUACAGUAGUGGACAAUGAUGCAGAUUUUCAAGGGACUAAACGAGCUUGUCGAUGUCUUAUACUGGAUGAUUGUGAGAAAAGGGAAAUUAAAAAGGUGAAUGUCAGUGAGGAAGGGCCACUUAAUUCUGCAGUAGUUGAAGAAAUCACAGGCUAUUUGGCUGUCAAUGGUGUUGAUGACAGUGAUUCAGCUGUUAUAAACUGUGAUGACUGUCAGCCUGAUGGGAACACUAAACAAAAUAGCACUGGUUCAUAUGUGUUGCAGGAAAAGUCAGUAGCUGAAAAUGGGGAUUCGGAUACCCACACUUCAAUGUUCCUUGAUAGUAGGAAGGAGGACAGUUAUAUAGACCAUAACGUGCCUUGCACAAAUUCAGAAGUGCAGGUCAAGUUGGAGGACCACAAAAUAGUAACUGCCUGCCUGCCUGUGGAACAUGUUAAUCAGCUGACUACUGAGCCAGCUACAGGCCCCUUUUCUGAAAUUCAGUCAUCCUUAAGGGAUUCUGAGGAGGAAGUAGAUGUGGUGGGAGAUAGCAGUGCCUCAAAAGAGCAGUGUAAUGAAAACACCAAUAACGCCCUGGACACAAGUCUUGAGAGUAUGCCAGUCUCUGGAGAACCAGAAUCUUCUGUUCUAGACUGUGUUUCAGCUCAAAUGAUGUCUUUAUCAGAACCUCAAGAACAUCGAUAUACUCUGAGAACUUCACCACGAAGGGCGGCCCCUACCAGAGGUAGUCCCACUAAAAACAGUUCUCCUUGCAGAGAAAAUGGACAAUUUGAGGAGAAUAAUCUUAGUCCCAAUGAAACAAACGCAACUGUUAGUGAUAACAUAAGUGAAUCUCCCACAAAUCCUGAUGAAAUUUCUCAGAAUGAAAAAGGAAUAUUUUGUGACUCUGAAAAUUAUGGGAGUGAAGGACUAAGUAAGCCACCCUCAGAGGCAAGACUUAAUAUUGGACAUUUGCCAUCUGCCAAAGAGAGUGCCAAUCCGCACAAUACAGAAGAAGAAGAUGAUGAUCCUGAUGUUUAUUACUUUGAAUCAGAUCAUGUGGCACUGAAACACAACAAAGAUUAUCAGAGACUGUUACAGACGAUUGCUGUACUCGAAGCUCAACGUUCUCAAGCAGUCCAAGACCUUGAAAGUUUAGGCAAACACCAGAAAGAAGCACUAAAAAAUCCCAUUGGAUUUGUUGAGAAACUCCAGAAGAAGGCUGAUAUAGGGCUUCCAUAUCCACAGAGAGUUGUUCAAUUGCCCGAGAUUGUAUGGGACCAAUAUACCAAUAGCCUUGGGAACUUUGAAAGAGAAUUUAAAAAUCGUAAAAGACAUACUAGGAGAGUUAAGCUUGUUUUCGAUAAAGUAGGUUUACCUGCUAGACCAAAAAGUCCUUUAGAUCCUAAGAAGGAUGGAGAGUCCCUUUCAUAUUCUAUGUUGCCUUUGAGUGAUGGUCCUGAAGGCUCAAACAGUCGUCCUCAGAUGAUAAGAGGACGCCUUUGUGAUGAUACCAAACCUGAAACAUUUAACCAACUGUGGACUGUUGAAGAACAGAAAAAGCUUGAACAGCUACUCCUGAAAUACCCUCCUGAAGAAGUGGAAUCUCGACGCUGGCAGAAGAUAGCAGAUGAACUGGGCAAUAGGACAGCCAAACAGGUUGCCAGCCGAGUGCAGAAAUAUUUCAUAAAACUAACUAAAGCUGGCAUUCCAGUCCCAGGCAGAACACCAAACUUAUAUAUAUACUCCAAAAAGUCUUCAACAAGCAGACGACAGCACCCCCUUAAUAAGCAUCUCUUUAAACCUUCCACUUUCAUGACUUCCCAUGAACCACCAGUAUAUAUGGAUGAAGAUGAUGACCGAUCCUGUUUUCAUAGCCACAUGAACACUGCUAUUGAAGAAGCAUCAGAUGAAGAAAGUAUUCCUAUCAUGUAUAGGAAUUUACCUGAAUAUAAGGAACUAUUACAGUUUAAAAAGUUAAAGAAGCAGAAACUCCAGCAGAUGCAAGCUGAAAGUGGAUUUGUACAACAUGUGGGCUUCAAGUGUGAUAACUGUGGCAUAGAACCUAUCCAGGGUGUUCGGUGGCACUGCCAGGAUUGUCCUCCAGAAAUGUCGUUGGAUUUCUGUGAUUCUUGUUCAGACUGCCUACAUGAAACAGAUAUUCACAAGGAAGAUCACCAGUUAGAACCUGUUUAUAGGUCAGAGACGUUCUUAGACAGAGACUACUGUGUGUCACAGGGCACCAGUUAUAAUUACCUUGACCCAAACUACUUUCCAGCGAACAGAUGACAUGGAAGAGAACAUCAUAUACUAGUCCUCUUCAACACAUAGCAAUGGUAUCAUUGUGAAUUAUGUGCACAGUUUGGAAAGAUUCUCUGCUUUCCCUGAAAUGACACUCACAGCAUGACAGCUUCCUGAGUGUUCUCGUCAAGUCCAGCUCUGCACCGUUGUGGCUCUAGAUCAGUGUUCAGCAGCUGAACAUUCCUGGUGAGCAAAGGGUUUCCCUGGUGAAUUUCUCACCACCACCCUAAAGCCUUUUAGGUGGUGAUCUUAAAUGGGUGAGAUGGAAACGAGAGCACACAUUGAAGAGAGUAAAUUCCAAAGGUUUCAAAGAACUCGGUCAUAAAUAGGAUAAUGAGAAGACAAAGUAUUUAUCUUAAAACAGUUUAGUAGCUUUCAGUUUUGUGAAAAUAGUUUUCGGCACAGAAGCUGACUUCUUAGACAAAGUUUUAACCAAUGAUGGUAUUUGCUUCUAGGAUAUACACUUAAAAAGAACUCACUGUCCCAGUGGUGGCCACUGAUGGCCUUUAGUAAAUCGGAGCUGCUUAACCAUAUUGAUGUCUAAUUUCUUUUAACCACAAUGAACUGUCCUUCUUACCAACAGCGAAGCACUACAGGAGGCCGCUGUGGCAUUGCUUCCUUGACCAGCUCAUGGUGUGUGAAUGUUAUACAAUUGUCACUCAGAUAUAUUUUUUAAAUGUAAUGUUAUAUAAGAUGAUCAUGUGAUGUGUACAAACUAUGGUGAAAAGUGCCAGUGGUAGUAACUGUGUAAAGUCUCUAAUUCACAACAUUAAUUCCUUUAAAAUACACAGCCUUCUGCCUCUGUAUUUGGAGUUGUCAGUGCAACUCAUCAAAGAAAACUGCCUAAUAUAAAAAUCAUAUAUAUGGUAAUAAUUUCCCUCUUUUGUAGUCUGCACAAGAUCCAUAAAAGAUUGUAUUUUUAUUACUAUUUAAACAAGUGAUUAAAUUUAGUCUGCGCAGUGAGCAAGAGUUCACAUGCAUUCUUUUAUACUGCUGGAUUUUGUUGUGCAUCAUUUAAAACAUUUUGUAUGUUUCUUCUUAUCUGUGUAUACAGUAUGUUCUUGAAUAAUGUUCAUUUGUCAGGAGAACUGUGAGAAAUAAACUAUGUGGAUACUGUCUGUUUAUAUUA